GAGCCACUGCGCUAUGUACGGUGUACGGGACUGACUGUGGAAGCACCGGAUCCACGGUCGAGCGCUGAAUAACUCCAAACAAGAUCCAACACUGGAAGACGCUCCAUUAACUUCCUGAAAAAGCACCAAACUGCUGGAGUUUCCCAUCUGUUUAUAUUCUCGGAAUGGAAUCGUUUGCUCCUUUUGGCACUGCUACCGGGAGCGGACAGUAGCUGAUAUCCCGUCUAUCAAAGGGAAGCAUGCAUUGAAACGCCUUGGCAAAUAUCUCCAGCCAACUCGAACAAUAAAAGUACCUGCAACAUUCGGAAUUUUCGUUUUAUGUGCUUUUAUCGACGAACACGCAAAUGGCAUUGGACAGAUAUUUUGGCAGUCCUGUGACUGAAAGUUAGGCUUUGUUCUUGAACACUUUGAACAUGGAUAUAGGUCGAUAAAUUGCGGACAAAAACUGUUAGGCAUCAGAAACUAUAGUUUGGAUUUAAGUACAUAUCUAUGAACUGGGAUCGAACGCGUAAGGAGUCUAAUUUUAAAUCUGACACAUGAUCAGGACCGGAUCUGUGCAACCCAACGUGGGAUUGACGGUCGUAAGCAGGGAAAGAUCCGUAUACCUGGCUGCACGUCACUCACAAUCUAUCAGGCGUGAUUUGACCUUUAUAAGGUCAGCGUUAGAAACUUAAAUAAUAGAUGAAAACAACAAAACCGACACGCGUUGCCGUCUACUUGAGUGCAAGGUAGCAGCGAUUUCGGUAACAGAGACACGUUGGCCCAGAAGCCGUCGUGCAACAUUGUGCGACACCUUCUUCCUUCAGGCAGCACUAGAAAAUUUGGAUUUGGAAGUUUACAUGGAGCUCCACAGCCAGGACGCCUGACCUACACGCCAUUCUGUUGAAUGUGGUUCAUAAACCCGGAGUACAGUCGAUCGAAAGGAUCUUAUCUUCUUGCGGGCUUGUGUCUCUCCGUGUACCGUGUAAGAUGGCUGGAAGUGACGGCUCGUGGAAAUAUUAUCUGUGGAUUGUGACAGUCAUGUGCAGAUACGCGUUACCCGCAGCCAAAUCACUGGAGUCUGUCGUGUGGAAUUCCCAAAAUUCUAAGUUUGUGUCUGGGAAGGGCUUGGUGAUCUACCCAGAGAUUGGGGAUAAACUGGACAUUAUCUGCCCCAAAGGAGACAUGGGGCGGCCGUAUGAGUUUUAUAAACUCUACUUGGUGAGAAAAGAGCAGGCGGAGUCCUGCAGCACUAUACUGGACCCGAAUGUCCUGGUGACGUGCAACAAGCCAGAGAAAGACAUCAAAUUCACCAUCAAGUUCCAGGAGUUCAGUCCAAACUACAUGGGACUUGAGUUCAAGCGUUUCCAAAACUAUUACAUCACCUCCACGUCUAAUGGAACACAGGAAGGUUUGGAAAACAGAGAAGGUGGGGUUUGUAUCACGAGAUCCAUGAAGAUCAUCAUGAAAGUGGGCCAAGAUCCAAAUGCACCAGAUCCAGAUUUAACGGACCUCCCAGACCGAAACCAGGACAAUGAGAUCAAGGACCCCACAACGAGCCCCUCCCGCAAGAGAGACAAAGAUCGAGAAAUAGAGGAGAAUGGUUUGCCCGGCAAAGACACGAGAAACCAAGAAAACACUUCGGGUUCAGUGGAGGGCAUUUUCGGCUCUAAACCCGCUCUCUUCGCCGCCAUUGGAGCGGGCUGUGUCAUCUUUCUCCUCAUCAUCAUCAUCCUCAUCGUCCUGCUCCUCAAGCUUCGCAAGAGAACCCGCAAGCACUCGCAGCCCAGGGGCGGGACUUCCCUGUCACUCAGCACUCUGGCCACGCCCAAAGGAGCCACCCAGUCUGGCUCAGAGCCGAGUGACAUCAUCAUCCCCCUGCGGACAACAGAGAAUAACUACUGUCCACACUAUGAAAAAGUGAGCGGAGACUAUGGGCACCCCGUCUACAUUGUUCAGGAAAUGCCUCCCCAGAGCCCAGCCAAUAUCUACUACAAAGUCUGAGGGAAAAGGGAGAGAAGUAACCGCAAUAAGAACAUGUUUUUCUAAGGUAUCCUGAAUCUUUUUAUCACUAGCCAACCCUGUUUGCUACAUGUCAGAGAACGGAGAAAAGGAAAAGAGGACUGAGGAAAGACUGUGGAUAAUACGCCUCUCAAAUUUCCUUUUACUGAACACUACACUGUGUGUAUGUGUAUGUGUGUGUGUGUAUGCGAAAAAGAAGAGAACCCCACAAUGUGUGGCACUCAGGCAUAGACUUCAAUGCUGAAGAAGAGCCUUUAACCAAUCACAGAGGGACACUAGAUCAUCAUUACAAUGCAGGAAGCUCUCAUUUGUCUGUUCGCAUGGUUUUGUACCUUAACUCCUUGCUUAUUUUUUGUCUAUUUUUCAUAUCCCACACAGUGUUUUCUUCAGUAUCAGCCGAUUCUCUCAGCGUUCAAACGGUGUUUCUGUUAAAGACUGUUAAACUCAUUUGCUUCUGUCUCUCUAGAUGCCCAUCCAUUUGAGGCAAUUAAACAACACGUACGCUCCCAAACACACAUUGGUGUUCACGGGUCAAGUACAGCGAACAGCCUCUUGGUGCAUAAAGAUUGACAUAAGGAAAUUGUAAGCUGGUGAAAAAUCUGUGUCAGUCUUUACAGAACUCCCAGAAUGCUUUGCUAGAUGGAUCGCGUUGGUUCGAGAAUUAUUUCAGUUGAAAUUCUCACUUUCUCUCAGCAAAAUACAAGUAGACAUUUGCUGUGUAUUGUCAGUGAUGCGUGAAGUGCAGAAUAAUAUUUGUAUUUUGUCAUUAUUUUUUCUUUUUUUUUUGUAAGUCAGAAACAUUUUUUGCCUCUACACCGUGAGCCUAUGACCUAUUUUCAGACAUAAAACAUGUUAACGUAUUUUCUUUGCAUAAUUUAGUCCACUAACAUGUGUUUUUUGUGUAUAAUUCAUGUCACGCUGUCGGGAUGUAGACGUGGACUCUUAACAGUAUGACAGCGUGUUUGUAGAGUCCCACACAGAAGCCAAAUAUUCAUAAACAUACAAGAUACAUCAAAAAAUGCCUUCAUUUCUCCUUUCUCUCAGAUAUGCACAUAAAUGAUCCUUAUUAGCAUACAAACACACUUAUUUUCAAAAAAUAAUCAAAAACCACAAAUCCGAGAAUGAAAACAAGCCCACCGAACCGUCACAGAGAAUCUAGCGCUAGAUCUAUUUUUAUACAGACCGCACGUGAAAUGAUAAACAGUAAACAGUGGCGGCAGGUGUGUUUACACCUAUGCUAAUUUAAAAUUAGAUGCAUUUGCAUCUGGCCUCCAGCGCAGCCAAUCGGAGAAAGCCAACGUUCCUCUGUUGCUUUCUCAUUUUUUUGUAAUAAUAUUUCGAUUUAUCGCUGUUGUUUUCUCCCCUCUAUUAUUUAGACCCAAGAUUAUGUAAAUAAUGUAUGUUGGGAAAAAUUGUUGAAUAUAAAGUUCAAUUUUAUUAGAUACCCUGUUAUUAAAAAUAUAAUUAGGAUUUUUUUAAAAUUGCAAAACUUUUGUAAAUAGCAGUCUUUUUUGGAAAAAGAUAUUUUGUAAGUAAAAUGUUUCAGUGGUUUUUCGUUUCUUUUUUUUUCAUUUGAUUUGUUUGCUUGGUUUCUCAUUAAGGAGACUUAGAUGUCCCAGUAGGACGGUUUUAAAAGGUCAUCCCUAAAGCAGCAGCAAAAAAUCCCACACAUUUAAGUCCCGCACAUACAGACACACUUUGUCCUCCCUAUUACACGAGGGAAGGACGAUAUUUUUGCUUUGUUUGGUUUUUACAAAUGCUGUGAUAGAACCAGGUCAAAUAUUACAUGUCAUGGUUCAUGGAAAAGAAAAAGA